UCCCAUUCAGAUAUUACAAAAUGGCUUGUAAGGUUGUAAUUUUGCUCUUGGGCUUAAUCGCCCAAAUUCUCGCCGAUUCUUGUACAGUUUCUGACUAUAACAAUGUAGCAACUGCGGCAAAAACCUGCGAUACUCUCACCCUAAAAGAUAUCGAAAUCCCUUCAGAAACCACAAUGACAAUAGCGUUAAAAGAUGGCGCCACGUUGGUAUUUGACGGUCAUGUAACGCAUGUGGUGGCUGAAUGGGCUGGAGAUUUGGUUCGUAUUACUGGAAAAAAUGUCUUGGUUACUGGAACAGAUAAUCACUUAUUGGAUGGUUUAGGUCCGAAACACUGGAAAGGUGACUCCGAAACCACCAUUUUGAGGCCGAAAUUUAUGAGGUUUAAACUGAACGAUUCCCAUAUUAAAAAUUUGAAAUUGAAGAAUUGUCCUAAUAAUUGCUUUUUGUUGUCGGGUAGCAACAAUCUGGUUACGAACAUCCACGUGGAUAAUUACGAUGGUUAUCCGGGUGUGGCCGGUAAGAAAUAUGCCAAAAACACCGAUGGAUUUGGCGUCAGUGGUACCAACAACACCAUAUUAAACUCGAAGGUGGUGAACCAAGAUGACUGUAUAGUGGUGGGAGGUGGUUCGAAACUCACUUUCCAGAAUAUCCACUGUAACGGUUCCCACGGAUUAAGUUUAUCGGUUAAAGGAGGUGACGUGUCCGAUGUCCAGUUCCUAGACUCAAAAAUUGUAUAUGCCAAUAAUGCCAUUCAUAUUAAGACGAACAACCAGGGCAGUACUGGAUCGAUUAAAAAUAUUUUGUAUAAAAAUAUUGAAUUUAACCAUAUCGAUCGCUACGCAGUUUCUAUCCAAGAAAACUAUCCAAGCGGAGAAGCCAAGGCCAACAUUCCGAUUACAAACUUGACCCUGGAUAAUGUCUAUGGCAGUAUGACCGGCAAGAAGAGCGUGGCAAUGCAAAUUAUAUGCGCGACAGGAGGCUGCGCAGAUUGGACUUUUAAGGAUGUCAAAGUUAGCGGGGCUAAGAAAUCUAACGUUUGUCAAGAUGUGCCAUCAGGAAUUUCUUGCUAGUGUUAUUUGAUUAAAAGAAAAUACAUUACGAUGUUUUUUUA